UGUGACCUGAUACCCGGAUGUUGAUCGGCGCGGCGUCAGUGCGCAGCUGCAGGCCGGACUUACUGAGGAGCAGGAGAGGAGCAGCAGUUCAUGGAAGACACCAUAAGUCACCAUAAGACGGGAGACAGCAGUCAUCAGGAGGACUCUGAAGACGGCGCAAAAGAAUUGGGCUCAUUUCCGUCUCCUGCAUCCCUCGUAACCCUUACCUCUGCUUCAUUACGACCUGGUCCAGACGAAAAAAACUCCCCCUGUCCUGUUGUCGGGGGUUCAUCGGACCCCCCUGAGGGAGGGAACAAUGCAAAGUGGACCACUGUGGCCAACGGACAGCCCCCCUCCGCGGUGUCCCAGCGCUACAUGCCCCGUGAGGUGCCCCCGCGCUUCCGCAACCAACAGGAACCAAAAGUGCUACUGAAGAGGGGCCAGCCGCCACUGUCCUGCAUGCUGCUGGGGGGCGGAAACGGAGGGGACACCAUGCCCCAACUUCCCCUGCAGGAGCAAGCUGAUGACUCAGAUCCUACAGUAGAUUCAGUUUCUCUGCACUCAUCUUCUGACACCUCUGCCACUCCCACUUAUGCAAAUUACACAUGGGGGCUGGGCUCAGGACGUCAACCCUCCGCUCAGGGAAUGGACAAGGAUAAUUCUGAUGUUGAGAAAUGGCCAAGACCGGAAGACUCAUGGAAUAGUGAUCAGACUCCACAUUCUCCCAGUUCGGGGAUGGAUGAGUCUGACGGCCUGGGAAAGGACAGUUCUUCUCAACUCUCUGAAUAUGCAGAAGCCAGUGCGAUAGGAGGUGCGUCUUCACACUCUGAGAAUAAAGAAUCCAUUAAAGGUGUCAAUCAAGACUUAAAUUCCAAGGUGCCGCUGCUUUCUGGAGACCAGGAGGGCACUCAAGGUCUAAAUCCAAAUUACAACCCCGAUGAAGCAGCCUCCAGUCAAAAUCUCUUAUUCCACCCUGCUUCUGAGGAAUCUUCUCCCACACCCUUGAGUCCAGCCAGUGCACAGUACCAGACACUCUGCAAGAACGAAGAGCGCAUUACAGGGGAUUGGACAGAGCUUCAAGCUGGACCAAAUGGUGGUGGAGAUGAUGGAGUCUCCAAUAAGGAAGUGUGGGAUACAGGAGAAGACCCUGUUGGGAAGAGCAGUGAUGCAGUAGGUGGAAGUUCUGGUGAUGGCACUGGCAUCUCUCAGGAAGUGUUGAACAGAGACACGGUAGGUUCAAACAAACAGGCAGCUACAGGAUGGACCUCAGACUCAGCGGCUGGAGCAUCAAAAGAGGAUGUGAGCGAGAUCUCUGAGGUAAGCACAGAUAGUUUACAGGACUCUUCAGUGUUUGCGAACAGCAUGGCAUCAGAAGACGACAAUCAGAAAGCAGAUGAUGAUUGGAAUGGAUCUAAUGGAAAAUUAACUGGCAGAGAACGCAAUGAGGAUGCCAAAAAUCUGGUCCAAAGCCCCUCCAAAUGUCAGGCCCUCCCCCCAGAGGAAGCCUUACAGACCAUGAUCAAUCACACUAACCUGGAUCCUAAAGUACUGUGCAACACAGGAUGGGGCAAGACCCAGAUCAAGCAGAAUGUCUCCUGGGAUUUUGAGGGUGACAGUGGGAAUGUUGGCUGGGAUGUAGAAGAGCACACCGCCCGUAGUAAGGAAGGCUGGCGGGAAGCAGGUGACCUUUCCAGCUCCAAAAUGCAGAAGCAGGAGGUUGGCCAGGUGGGAAGAGCUCAAGGGUGGACUGGGCAUGGAGAAACAAGCGUUGGGAAUAGUCGCAAAGGGAGCGGUUGGGGAGAAAGCCAGGAGGUUGAAGAUACUACCAGGAAUGAAGGGACGGAGUGGAACCAGGGUGGUGGAAGUGAGUGGACUCCAUUACCCGAGGGUGGAGGCUGGAAUGAAGAGAGAGACGGUGACCGCAAGAAUCAGGAUGAAGGAUUAUGGGGCAGCCCGGAAGGGUCAGGACAGCGGAGUGGUGGCUUGGGAGGCAGCAGUGUCAAACAGCACCAGGGAUGGGGUGAGAAGCUUCUUCCAUCACGGAUACCAAACAAACAAGCAGCACUUAAAACCCAAAAUCAACAACCGCUGCAGCAAUCACAAACCCAGCAGCAAAUGCCGGGAUAUCCGAAAGCCUUGCAGGAUCAGGGUCGUCCAGGAGAGACAGACGACCAGAGUAAAGGGUCUGGGUGGACCUGUGGGCCCAUCCCUCAGAUGCCUUCAGUUGUAGAGCCAAGUGGGUGGGAGGAACCCUCGCCACAGUCCAUCAACCGGAAGAUGGAAAUUGACGACGGUACAUCUGCAUGGGGGGAUCCGUCACGCUACAACAGCAGGGCCGUCAGUCUGUGGGAUAAGAACAGCUCACAGGACCAACAGCAGUCGUCUGGGAGACAGGCUGGAGCUCCAUCUAAAACUUCUGUUCCUGCGACAUGGGCACGCAGCAGUGGUCCCUCCGAUUCCUCCAUGGACAGCAGUACAGCUGCUUGGGGGAAAUCGUUUGAUGGUUGGGGGGAAUCCAGUGAACCAGGGAAAGAAGGAGGAUGGGGAAACGUGCAUUCCCAUUCUACUAAAUGUGGUUCAAAGUCUAUGCAAGAGGGAUGGGGUGAGGAAGGCUCGAAUGUAUCCCGACACUCCAGUUUGGAGGAAGAGGAUGGUGGCACUGGUGUUUGGGGCAGUCGGGGAUCUCAAAGCAACAUGUCCACAUACAACUCCGGGGGCUGGGGGCAAGGUCAGGGGGCCAGGAGACUCAACGCUAAGAGCCCUUUUAAAGGCAACAGUGGGGACUCGUGGGCAUCUCCUGUGACUCGGCAGUUCGCAAACAUGAGUGUUAUGGAUGAAGACUCCAGUAUGGGUCACGAUAGUAGGCACGACAGGAGAGGAAUGAAUGAUGGUGAGAUGCGGAGAGGCGGCAGGACUGGGGGAGCUUUCCGCUCACAGAUGUCCAAAGAGACGCCAUGCGGGGAGACCGGACCUUACAUGGACAAGGUUGGAGGUCAUAGUAUGUUUGGCGGUGGUGGGAUUCCACCAUUGAGAGGGAUUCAUCAGGCUGGUGUGCACCCCUUAAACCCUUCCCCUGGGAUACGAGCACAAGUGCCUCAUCAGUUCCUGCCGCCUCAGGUUCCUGGGCCAAUUCUAAAGCCAAUGGCACCCCCUAGUGGAGGCAUGUUCCCUCCACAGCUUUCCCCCCAACACCUCGCCAUGCUCAGUGGCAUUCAUCCACACAUGCAACAGUUUCAACUAGCCUGUCAGCUCCUGUUGCAGCAACAACAGCAGCAGCAGCAGUUUCUGAAUCAGAGGAAGUUUCCUCCUCCUGUGAGACAACAGCACGACCCACAGCAGUUGGCGCGGAUCAUGGCAAUUCUGCAGCAGCAGCAGGGUGUUGGUGGGCCCAAACUCUCGCCGCCCCCCAUGGGAGGACACGUCCCCAAACACCCAGACGCACAUCUCCACCAGCUGGGCAUGAAUGCACACAAACAGUCUGAUGGGCCAGUGCAUGCAGCCAUGGGAGGAUCUGAGCUGCACAGCAAAGCUCCUGCUGCUUUCACAGGGCCGGGCAAGCAGGCCAGUGGCUCCUCGUUCUCUCAAUACGAUGUUUUGGGUGGCAGCUGGCACCGAAGCACAGGAGGGAAGGUCGACACACCUCCUGUCAACCCCACCUGGCCUCCAGGGUCAAACUCUCUGAACACCUGUAUGCCUUCACCUGGUGCCUGGCCAUACAGUGCCUCAGACACGCCCCUCGCUGCACACGGCACAGCUAAAUACUCCGAGCUGAAGUCCAGUUGGCCGCCGGAGCCCAUCGGACACGGCAAAUCAUGGCGGACCAAUCGCAGCACUUCUCACCUGUCCCGCCCCCCUCCGGGUCUCUCCAGUCAGAAGCAGCUGUGGGCGGGGGAGGGGCAUUGGAUGCCCAGGGCGUGGGGGGGCGGAGCCAGCGGCCCAGAGCCGCCCUUUAAAUCAGAGUGGAGCGAUGGUGGAGCUUCAGCGGGAAAAUCAUGGCUGUUACUGAGAAACCUCACGCCGCAGAUUGACGGCUCGACCCUAAAGACGAUCUGUCUGCAGCACGGCCCUCUUCUGACCUUUCACCUCGGCCUGACGCAGGGCAGCGCUCUGAUUCGCUACUGCAGCCCUCAUGAAGCCGCCAAAGCCCAGAGCGCCCUGCAUAUGUGCGUUCUGGGAAACACCACCAUCCUGGCCGAGUUCAUGAGCGAGGAGGACGUCGUCCGUUACUUCACACAUUCCCAGGCUGCAGGGUCACCCGAUGGCUCGCCUGGCUCUGACCCUGCCCCGCGAGAGGCUGAGCGUCCCGUGGGCGCCGGAGCGGACAGAGAUGCGGCGGUGGAAGCGCCGGGACUCGCCCUCCUCAGCCAAUGGAGCAACAGCGCAGGGGAGGGGGUGGGGAAAGGGGUCUGGGGAGGCGUGGCUUUCGGUUACCAUGGCAGCAGCCUAUGGGGCGGUCCUCAGUUAGAGGAUGGCACAGCUGGGUUGUUGCCAGGCAACCUGCUUGGAGGCGGGACAGACAGUUUGUGAUUGACAGCAGUCAGUUAUUGAAAAACUGGUACGUGGAGUUUAAAGUGUGUCAAACUGCAAUGUAAUGAUUGUUUCCAAACAUGUGGAAGCCCAUGCAUUAUUAUAAUAUUUCAGUCUAGUUUUCACAAGACAAGGGUGAAUCUCAUGAAAACAUUUCUUUUCUUUUUUUUGACCCUAAACUUCCAAGGAAAAAGAAUUUAUACUGUGCAUAAGUUUAUUUUAGGGCCAUUAAGAAAUUGGUGUUGUGACAUUAUUUUUAAUGACAGUUCCCAGCUAAUUCUAAUUACUGUAAUGCAUUAAUGCA